AUGGCAAGAAAGCAAGGAGAAGUGAUGUGGCCAAGAUUAGUGGCAAACAAGAUUCUACGAAAGCCAUUGGGAAGCAACAACUUUGUGACAGAUUUUCCAGGCAACGACGGUCCGGAUGGUAUAGUGCUGGAAGCGCCAAGUUUUGAUCAACCAUCUUCCAACUCUACGUCCACCAUCUUCAAUCAUCACAAGGACACUAACACACACAAGUACAAGGUUUUUGUUAGUACAUGGAAUAUUGGUGGGGUGGAACCACAACAAGAUAUGAACAUCAAGGAUUGGAUUGACACAUCCUGUGACAUCUAUGUUUUCGGGUUUCAAGAAAUUGUUCCUUUGAAAGCCUCCAAUGUUCUGGGAUCUGAGAAUAGUAGCAUCUGCAUGAAAUGGAACUCCUUGAUCAGAGAAGCUUUGAACAAGAAAACACACUACUACUCCCAAGAAAAUUUGAAGCACGACAAACAUGAUCAUGAUGGAAACCCAAAUAUUAUCGAAAGCAGCAAUAAUCCACGGGAAUUCCACUGUAUCAUAAGUAAGCAAAUGGUGGGGAUAUUAAUAUCUGUUUGGGUUCGAAGUAAUAUUCGUCCCUUUAUUCGGCAUCCAAAUGUCUCUUGCGUUGGCUGUGGCAUCAUGGGAUGCCUUGGAAAUAAGGGUUCUGUCUCAGUCAGAUUUCGGUUGCAUGAAACAAGUUUCUGCUUUGUGUGCACUCAUCUAGCUUCAGGAAGCAGAGAAGGAGAUGAGAAACUGAGAAAUUCUAACGUCGCCGAUAUAUUGUCCCGAACAAGUUUUCCUAGAGGCCUUUUGCUUGAUUUGCCACGAAAGAUCCUAGAUCACGAAAUUUCCCUUCCAGAAGCAACGACGCGAUCAUUAGUGGAGAGAAGAGAAUGGAAUGCCUUACUAAAACACGAUCAGCUGAUGAUGGAGCUGAAAGAGGGUCAAGUACUUGAAGGUUGGCAUGAAGGGGCGAUUCAAUUUGCUCCCACUUACAAAUAUUGUCCAAAUUCUAAUGUAUACUAUGGAUGUCGUCCUGCAAACAGAGGUGAAAAGAGGCGCGCUCCUGCAUGGUGUGAUCGGAUAAUUUGGCGCGGAAAAGGAUUGAAGCAACAUGAAUAUGGUAGAGGUACAUCAAAAUUGUCAGACCACAGGCCUGUGAAGGCAAUAUUUACAGCUGAAGUUGGGGUUUUGCGAACAUUGAAAGGAUACCACAGCUUUUUUCUAUCAGACAGAUUAGACAAAAUUUCAAGCCAGUUACAAGUAUCCUCCGCCGAUGAUUUUCUAUGUAAACCUAGCACCAAAUCAAGAAGCUUCAAAAUUUGA